AUCCUUUCUGACAUUUCUUCGUCGCCACUCUUCUCAGGCUUCCAAAAAAAAAGUUUACUUCUUCCUCUCCACUUUACCAAUCCAAAUCGUGUCGAGUUUAGGGUUUUUUGCACACUCGAAUCUACUUUUUUGUUCUUCUGAUUCCUCUGAAUCGCAUCUUUGAUCGAAUUUAGAGUUCUUUUUUCAGUUCCGUUUUUCGUAGACCCGAAUCUGGGUUUUUUUUUCUUAUUCCUCGAAAUCGCAUCUUUGAAUCUGAACAUGGAAGUGUUGUCGCUGGAUUCUCUUCCGGUGGGAUUGAGAUUCCGACCAACGGACGAGGAGCUUGUCCGGUACUAUCUCCGUAUGAAGAUCAACGGCCAUGAUGACGACGUCAGAAUCAUCCGAGAGGUCGAUAUCUGCAAAUGGGAGCCCUGGGAUUUGCCCGAUAUGUCUGUGGUAAAGACAAAAGACUCGGAGUGGCUCUUCUUCUGUCCGUUGGACCGGAAGUACCCAAACGGAAGUAGGAUGAACAGGGCAACCGUGGCUGGUUACUGGAAGGCAACGGGGAAGGACCGCAAGAUCAAGUCAGUUAACAAGAACAUUAUCGGCGUUAAGAGGACUCUGGUCUUCUACACUGGUCGGGCUCCCAAGGGGGCUCGUACUUGUUGGGUUAUGCACGAGUAUCGUGCCACUGAGAAGGACCUCGCCGGCACUAACCCUGGUCAGAAUCCAUUUGUCAUAUGCAAACUGUUCAAGAAACAACAAGACGAGAAUGCUACAGCAGAAGAUUCGAAGUCUGAUGAGGUUGAACCUGCUAUCUCAUCUCCGACUUUUGCGAAAUCUUCCGCUGAUGAGCUGAAGUCUGAGAACGAGCUGUCCGAGGUAUCUCUAGCCCCAGAAACACUUGACAGAAAGCCUAUCAUGGUCGCAGAAUCUUCGCUGAGAGUGGCUGCAGAGUGUCACAGUGAUCAAAGUGAACCUUGUGACCAACCCGCCGAACUUACAUCUGCUGAGAUUGAAGAUCUCAAAUGGCUGCCUUUAGACUCGGAGUUUCUGGAUUUCAAAAUGUUCUCUCCACUGCACUCUCAGGUGCAAUCGGAGCUUGGAACAUCUUUCAACGCAUUUCAACCUGGCUCGAGUGACUUGUUCAGCAACCACAGUGGCCUUCAAAUCCAGACUCAGUAUGGCACAAAUGAUGAAGAUUCGUUUAUGGCCGAGUUUCUGGAUUCAAUCCUUGAAAACCCGGAUGAGUUGUCCGGCACAGUUGCAAUCCCAGAGAGAGGAGAAUAUGUUUUGCAGAGUGGGUUCUGCAGUGCAGCACCACCGGCCCAAGAGCAGGAAACACUGGCAUGCCCUGGUCCCUUGAGCUCAGGACCGGCUGAUCAUCUCAGCUCAGGAACAGGAAUCACGAUCAGGCCGAGGAGGCAUUCACCAGCUCAAUCUUUCAUCAACGAUUUUGCAGCGCAGGGUACUGCCCCGAGAAGGUUGCUUCUCCAGAAAAGGCUGAAUGGAAUCAAGCUGGAGCCCGAAAAUCAACCAGAACCUCGUUUUAUCGAGAAAGAGAUUGAGGAAACAACCAGGACAGCCUCGAAGGAGGGGAUCGAAAAGGUUAGAACGAAGAACACCGGUUUCAUAUUCAAGAAAAUCUCGUCGAUGACUUGCUCCUAUGGGGGAUUGCUGAGGGCAGCUGUUGUUGCGGUCUUGUUCUUGAUGUCUGUCGGCAGUCUGACCGCAGAUCUCUUCUGAAGCUACCAAAUUCCACGACGUCGGUGACGUCAUCUCGUUCGUUUUCCAUUGUACAUAGAGAUAAACCCGGGAUCGUUUUCCUUGAAAGCUUUUGGUUUUUUCAGCUGGACCUCUCCGGGGUAGGACCGGUAGUAGGUAGCUGUGUGUAUGUAAUUUAGAAGUAGUAGAGAGAGAUGGAUGUAUGGAGAAGAUGACAGGAGAUCAAACCACUUUGUUCUUAGGGUUCUUUCUUAGGACGAGACCUUUGAUGAACAUGGAGCUUUCGAAGCUCGGUGGGUUGCAUGUCCAUGGUGAACUUUCUGAUAUUUUAUGGAUGAUUUUGAACAUCAA